AUGUCUAAUACUUCUGCAACAACUAACCUGAGACUUAAUGACAAAGAGAAACCAUUCAAUCCGUCCAAAACACUCACAUCUACCACGACAGAAAUGUCCAACCCAUUUGAGACUCUUGAAUCCCUUCGCAAGUAUGAAAAAAAUCCAGGGCAAUCACAAAAGUUUCUGGAUCGUGUGGGUCAGAACUUUAGAUGGCCUGUCUCAAUGGAUGAUUGUGACAAGCGCACGGUUUUCUUUUACUUAACCGAUGAAGAUCCAUUGGAAUACGAUGAUGAAGCUGGGCUCAACCUCCUUUUUUUCUUUGACAGUAUCGAUAAAGGCACAUUCGAUGAACAUAAAGACAGCUGGGUGUUGGUGUAUAAACAGGAAGUGAAAAAAUACGGGACAUCAGAAUAUACAAGUAAAGAGCUAGAAGACCUCGAAGAUGAAAUGCCUGGUGCAGUAUAUUUACCAGUUGAUAAAUUGCAUCGUGACAGACUUGUGAAAGCUCUGCCAGCAAGGACAGUCAGAAUUCAAGUUAGAAGAUUAGGAACGACAAAUUCUGUUAUGCUUGGUUACAAUUUUCGUGAUCCUGUAGAAAACAAUAAGUUGUAUAAAUCUGUUCUUGAUUCAGGUGCACCAGAAACGAUCCUUCCUUAUCAUGUCCGUAGGAUAUUUGGAAGAAGAGGAUGGAAAACUUACUUUGGUGUUACUACCAGAUAUGGAGCACCUGCUCUCCUGGUUCAUGCAUCAACAACAUUUGAAGUUGCAAUUGGGGAUGAUAAUGGUUGGACUAAGUGGGUGAGUAUAGACACACUCCGAGUCUGGGAACAAAAUCCUGGCAACCAAGUAGACAGCGCUCUUGUCGGUAACGAUAUCCUAGACCAGCUUGCAUUCGUGCAUGAAGUAGCACAAGGAUAUAAAUUUUUAAAAUCUUCAAAUGAAGUUGCUUUAACCAAUUUCAUAGCUAAUCUUCCCUAA